AUGGCGACAACGAAGGAGCAUUGGCCGCAUUUCCCUUUUAUUCCCUAUCCCCCAUCAAAGGCCGGAUACUGGAGCCCCGUGACAUCGACACUGAAUUGGUGUGAAGAGGACUACUACGCAACUCCGUAUUCUGCAGAAAUUGUAAACUCGCUGACCAACCUACUGUUCCUGUGGCUGGGUAUCAAGGGUAUACUGAACAUUCGGAAACAUGGCCACGAUAGUGUCUUCCAAGUCGCCUUUGCCGGAUACCUGCUGGUUGGCUUGGGCAGCUUUUUGUUCCAUUCAACUUUAAAGUGCAACGGAAUAGACCCUAUGCAGCUGGUUGACGAGCUCUCCAUGAUCUACACCACGUGCCUCAUGUGCUAUGCUUCGUUUUCGUACUCGCGCUCAACGCCGACCAGAGUGUUUCUCGCCCUGGCCUUGGCCGGACUGGCCGUGUUCAUCACCCUAUACUAUCACUACCUUCAAGACCCCGUGUUCCACCAAAACGCAUAUGCUCUACUCACAACCGUUGUCGUCCUGCGCAGCAUGUACACCAUGGAGGUAGCGUUGCGUCCCAAAUGGCGCAAGUCUCGCGAAGAGGACCGUCUGGCCCGCGAAAAGAAGGGACUCCCAGUCCUCAGCAAGGAGCGACAAGAAUACGAAAACCAGCGCGACAUCAAGACGCUCAAGACCAUGUGGUUCAUGGUGGUUUUCGGCCUGAGUAUGUUUCUCGGCGGGUUCGGCAUCUGGUUCCUGGAUAACCAGUUUUGCGGCACAAUCCGCCAGUGGAGGCAGACUAUAGGUCUUCCCUGGGGUAUUUUCUUGGAAGGGCAUGGUUGGUGGCAUUUAAUGACCGGUUUCGGCGCAUACCUGUACCUUAUCUGGGGCAUCUGGCUUCGACACAUCCUGAACGAAAGGCAAGACGAAUACAUGCUGUCAUGGCCGCAUGUAUGGAGUUUCCCGGAGAUUGUCCGCGCGCCGAUCAAAAAGAACCUUUAA